CGGUACCCGUAUCGGGAUUGCACGAGUACCGUUCUGUUCCCGUUACAAGUACCGAAUCCACUGUGAGUCACCCAACCAGCUAGGAGGCAACCGCUAAGAUUACUCAACUUACUGUACUAGUACUCUCGCCACAAGUGACCUAACUUAGCAUGUAAAGCUUUUACUGUAACCAGGUUCCUGCUCGCGGAAAGGGGUUCACCACCCCCGUUUGCCGUCUUCCUGCGCCUUGUGCCGCCGAUGCAUUUUCGCCGACCAAAGUUAAUAAAUCCUUCAGGUUCCUCUUACACUUUCCGCUCUUUCUACGCUGCUAUUCUCACUCAUUAAUUCACACGAUAUCUCAUCGCUAGUCUCUCCUUUACGAUACCCUGGGGUACUUGAAAGCAGAUCUUGCAUUCAUCCGUUCAUUCAUUCAUUCAUUCUUUCGUCCAUUCGCUCUUUUGAAUUGUCGGCAUCCAGUACUAGACGCACAUUCAGCAUGAUCCCUACAGCUCUCCUCACCCUCCUCGGCGCGGCGACACUGGUCACCGCAACAAUAAAUUACAACAGCACCCUCACCCACCCGGGCGACGAUGAGCCCUGGUUCGACGGGUCAAUCCCUGCCACCUCCGUCUCUGAAUCCUGUGGUAGGGCGUACGCUCAGGACCUCCCGUGCGACGAAUGGCUCCUGAAAGCCCUUUUCGACAACAGCGGAUCCUCCGAGAAAGAAAAGUUUGCCAACAGCACACUCAAAGCCCUAUGCACGGAUACUUGUCUCCUGGGCUUGCAAAAAUGGCGCGAUGACGUCCGCAAAUCCUGCACCGAUAAGGAUGUCAGUGUUCGGGGCACCAUUGGCCAACAGGCCAUCUCGUCGCUGCUCGACACGAAGUGGAUGUUUAUUCAGUAUCUGUAUUGGCCGACUUGUAUGAAGGAUUUGUCCGCCUCCCUUUCACUCCGGAUUGGAAUGUGCUGCUGACAGGCUCGCAGGAAGACGGGCGCGCUCUGCCACGCCGGUGACAACAGCGACGAGAGCUCCCCGGCCUCCAGCGAUGACUCCGAGAAUACGCCGGAAAUCAUCGACGCCUUCUGCAAGGAUAACUGCCAGACUCAGGCUUCCCUGUUCACGUGGGUUGUGAGCCAAAGCAUGUUUAAUGAUACCAGCGACAUUAACAUCGCCGACGCGAGGAAGAUUUGUAAGGGACUGGACUCGAGCGCGUAUCCGUUUUUGAAGGAUUUGAGUGCUGCGGGGGACUCUUCUCCCGGUUCUUCUUCCGGCUCGGGGGCGGGAGGAGCGGCGAACUCAACCGGGGGGAAUGGCACGAGUUCGGAUGCCGAGAAUGGUGGUGUUAGGGUUGGUGGGAGAGUUGGGCUGUUGGCCUCAGUAAUUUUGGCGGCGGUGGUUGUGGCGGGGCUUGGGAACAUGUGAGUGAGUAUCAUGUGCACGUAGAGGAUAAUGUGUUUUAGUAAAUUUAAACUGGGUGGAUAAGGU